AUGCAGCACUCGCCCUACAUCGACCACCCCGAAGCCCUCUGGUUCUGGGAGCGCCUGCUCGCUAGUCGCCACCGCACCAUCGACCCGCGGGAAGCGGACUUCUUCUACGUGCCUCUGCUCAUCCGCAACCGAGACAGUGGCAAGCAGCGGCUCAUCUCAGAGACCAUCGCCUUCAUCCGCUCCCUGGGCCCCUUCUGGGAUGCCAAGGGCGGGGCAGACCACAUCUUCCUAGUAAGUGAGGAGUACGGCAAGUGCGCCCUGCAGCUCCACGGGCUGGAGGACCCGCGGCUAAAAUCCGCAAUCACCCUCACUCCCUGGGGGUACACUCGGAACAUGCUCGGCACGGCCGAGGGCGGCCCGUGCUUCCGGCCCGGGCAGGACAUAGUGAUUCCGCCCUCGGCGCAUCUGAGGUUCCUGCAGAACGCGAGUAUGGUGAGAGAGGCGGGAGGGCUGCCUGGGCUGGUCAGGGAGGGAGGUGCGGAUGGGGAGGGAGAGGUGCAGCAGCAGGGGCAGCAGCAGGUGCAGCAGCAAGGGCAGGAGCAGGAGCGGCAGCAGCAGGAGGGGGGUGGUGGGCAGGGGCAGGGAGGGAGGGAGCGGCAGUACCUCCUCUUCGUGAGAGGGCUGAAUGUGAGCGACGGCGGCAGCGGGUGGGACGAGGAGGCACACCAGCAGGAGCAGGGGGAGCAGCAGCAGCAGAGAGACAACAAGCAGCAGGGGGGGCAGCAGCAGCAAGUGCAGGCAGUGAGGAAGGAGCAAGGGGAGCCGCCGUUCAGCUUUGGCGUGCGGCAGCGGGUAUUUGAGCUGUACGCGGGGCGGGACGCUGAGACGGGCUUUAAGGUGGAGGUGGUCCCGGAGGGCGGCGAGGAGCUGGCGUAUGGCGGCAUGGAGCACAGCGUCUUCUGCCUCGCCACCGCUGGGCAUGGCUGGCAUGCGUCACUCGCCAUGGCUGUGAUUGCAGGCUGUGUGCCCAUUGUCAUUCAGUUUGCGCAACUGCGCGUUCUUCCAGAAAUGGCCGGCCUACUGUCCUCAUCAAUGCAGGGAUCUCUCCUGAAGCUGCCUGCAGCAGCUCCCAUUUCCGCUCCCCCAUCUCGCACGCUCACCGCCGUAGUCGCUCACAGCGGCGCAUCCCCCUCGAGGAGACAGACGGCAGCCAGCAAAAGACCAUUGUCGACGCCGCUGCGCGCCUCGGAGCUGACGGCGAUCGACACGUUUACGGCGGAACUGGACGAGCUGGAGGGAAUGGUUGACGGAGAGUACGAGGAGGUACCGGUUCACACGGUGACGGUCCACGACCGGGAACGAGGAGUUACUUACACGGUCGACGUGCCUCAGGACCAAUACAUUCUUCAAACCGCGGAGGAGGAAGGCAUCAAGCUGCCCUUCGCAUGCCGACACGGCUGCUGCACAGCCUGCGCUGUCCGGGUGAUUUCAGGCGAGCUGGUUCAACCACGCGCGCUUGGCAUUUCACAAGAGCUCAAGGAGAAGGGUUACGCCUUGCUGUGUGUGGGGAUUCCCCUUUCUGACCUUGAGGUGGAGACACAGGACGAGGAUGAAGUGUACUGGCAGCAGUUUGGCAAGUACUUUGCACGAGGUCCUAUCGAGCGGGAUGAUUAUGCUCUGGAGCUUGCAAUGCAAGACGAGCGUUCUUGCUGUUACUGCGAGGCCGCCAUUCUCACGGCUGCUGCUUCUUUCGCCGCAAAGACAGACGCGGAUUCGAAGGAAGGUUCGUCCCAACAAAAGUUCGCGGAAAGGCCUCUCUUGAGAAAUGCGAUCAUAGUGGGCGGCGGGAUUGCCGGUCUGACGGCGGCCAUUGCUCUCCGCCGGCAGGGAGUUGACGUUCAGGUGUAUGAGAAGGCGGAGGGGCGUGACCCGGAGAGGGUGGGGCGCAUGGUGGGGAUUCAAUCCAACGGGCUGGCCGCGCUGCGAUGCAUCGACCCCGCCAUUGCUGGUGCUCUUCCCUCUCAAGGCGCACACGUACCCAGCCUGUGGCAGCUCGCCCCAUCGGGCGAGGUGCUUCUGGAGGCCUUAGCUCCGGCUGAUGGCCGCAUUGCCAUCCGCUGGGGGCUGGCUCUCGAGGUGCUGCAGAGCUUCCUGCCUGAAUCUUGCGUGCACCAGGGCUGCGAGUUCACCAGGCACGUGGAGCAGGCCAACGGUCGCGUGACGGCCCACUUUACCCGCCACGGCCAGCCGUUCAGUGCAGAGGCAGAUCUUCUGAUCGGCACAGAUGGGGUGCGAUCGGCAGUGAGGCAGCUUGUGUUGAGGGAUGGCGAGGAGAGGGAGCGGUGGGGCCCGCCGCGGGACAACGGCCGCACCAUGUGGCUCGGCGCUGCGCCGCGGGAAGCUGUGACCUUUGAGCACUCACGCCCCUACCGCACGUGCUUCACCAGGGGCGACGGGAGGACAGCAGCGGUGGGGGACCUUGGUGGGGCGGAGAUUUUUGUCCUGUUUGUGUGUGCGGACGAGCAGGGGAGGGGGCUGACAGAGCAACGGUCAGGGGAUGGGGAGGAGGUGCGGGGGAAGAUCAGGGCGCUGUUCGCAGACUGGCCUGCGUACCGAGAUGUGAUUGAGGCCAUUCCCCCGGACUUGUUUCUGGAGCGCCGGGUGCUGGACGUGCCUCCUCUCCCCCGCUGGCGCAACGGCCGCAUCCUCGUCAUCGGAGAUGCAGCGCAUGCGGUGCCGCCCACGCUAGGCCAGGGCAGCAGCCUGGCGAUAGAGGAUGCACUGGAGCUCGCACGGCAGGUGGUCGCCGCCCAUCCCUCCCUCGAGUGCGUGGUGAAGUGCUGCUGUGUACCGCUUCUUGUUGCCUGCUUGCUGUCUGCUGGCUCUGUCCAAUGA